GUAGGAAAUUUUAUCCAGCUAAUUGCAACAUUCGUGGGAGGCUUUGUUAUAGCAUUUGUUAAGGGAUGGCUUCUCACCUUUGUCAUGCUAUCUUCUAUCCCCCUUUUUGUCCUCUCUGUUGCCUUCAUGGGCAUCCUUAUAUCAAAGAUGGCAUCCCGUGGACAAACUGCUUAUUCAGUGGCAGCAACUGUGGUAGAGCAGACAGUUGGUUCAAUCAGAACAGUUGCAUCGUUUACAGGAGAAAAGCAAGCUAUAGCUCAUUACAACAACUCCUUAAUUAAAGCUUACGACUCUGGUGUGCAAGCGGGUUUGGCAUCUGGGUUUGGAAUGGGUUCGGUUAUGUUGAUUAUGAUGUGUAGUUAUGCUCUGGCUAUAUGGUUUGGAGGAAAGAUGAUACUUGAAAAAGGAUAUACAGGAGGGGAAGUCAUUAAUGUAAUUUUCUCUGUGUUGACUGGCUCCAU